AUGAUUAACGGAUUCUUUGAAGAUCGAACAGACACUAAAUCGAAAAUAAAUUCUCAGAAGCGUCGGAAUGCUCAUUCGGAGAGAAAACAAUUUCUUGAUCAUUUAAGUGAAGAAGCGGCAGCUGAUACUAAUCCACCAGCGAAAAAGCAGCGAUACUCAUUAGGAAAUCGUCGAACGAAAGACAAUACAUCAAUAUUAGAAGACACUUUAGACGAUGAUUUCAUAAUGACAUCCACGGUACGGGGUUCGGCACGGAUACAUAUAUCGGCGGUCCGUUCCAAAGCACUCAAGAAUAAAAUUAUGGUCGAAUCAUCCGACAGUGACUACGAUGAUGAGGAUGAGAAUGCUUGGACGAAGAUACCCAUAAUUGAGAAAACAAAACGAUGUCUUUUAACUUAG